UCCUUCGCUCUCGUAGACUCUAAAUGAAUUAAAAACACACAAAAUAUACAUUUAUUGUGACUUGAAAACGAGUUAUCGGUUUUACAAACAAAAAAUUGUAGUCUGCUUCGUACUCGUAUAACUUCACGAUCCCGCGUUCGGCUGCUAAUGUCAUGCACGAAUCUUUCUCCCACCCCCACCCCGUUCAACAGCUGAUAUGGGGAUUGGUAUAUUUUACUCUGCACGAGAGACGCGUAGAGUAUUCGAGGUUCGAGGUUCGAGGUUCGAGCCUCAGUCAUUCGAAACUUAUCGCCGAGAAAACUUCUGAUUAUCGAAUUUCCAAACGAUGAGUUGGUGCUUGAUUCUCUACGAGUAUGCACUUCGAGGGUCAAUUUUUAAUGCCAAACAUCAAAAGUGGAGUGUCGAUAAUGGCGGCGUUUUAUUCUAAGUCAGAGAAGUCAUGCCCAUUGACCGCAAAAGAAUGCCCUCAUAUCGUCCGUGGGGCUCCACGGACGACGGUAAUAUCGAAUUCGAGUCGUUGACAACAGAAACUCUGCAAGGUGCAUUGACGGUUAUCAGAGAAGAGUUUUUCACUGAUGAGAAUGUCAGUGUAGGAGUUGAACUUACCUCCGAGCCUGGCGCUUCUGAAGAACUCGAGGAAUUGUGCCUCGAUGCGAUAAAAGAUGGCGUUAGUGUCGUCGCCAUCGACGUUACGACCGGCAAAGUUGUGGGCGCAGCUCUCAACAAAAUACAAAUUCGAGGUGAUCCUUCGACGAAAGGAUCGUUCGAGUUGUUCAGCGAGAGAUGUAAGUGGAAGUCUUCAAAAGCUCUUGUAGAUUUUAUGAUAAACGUUGAUUCGAGACUCGAUCUUUUCAAUCAUUAUAACGUUGACUGUAUUCUCGAAAUAAUGUUCAUGGCAACAAAAAGAAGUUAUCGACAGCGUCGAAUAGGUGAACUUUUGGUAGUUUCAUCCAUGGAAAUCGGUAGAGAAUUGAAUCGUGGAAAAAAUGUUAAAGUACCAGUGGAAAUAAAGGAUAAUGAUACGAUAACGAACGAAAAUUGUAUUCCGAGUCUCGUGUCGAUGAUAGCAACGUCGAAUUUCACGAAGAAAAUAGCCGAUCGUUUGGGUUUUAGUACUUUGGUAAAGGCGAGUUUCGAUGAAUUUACGUUCGCCGAUAAAACGUUUAGCCAACGUAUCGGCAAUCUCCACAAAUUUACUUGGCUCAUUGCCAAAAGACUGAUAGUCUCGAAGACUUGAACAUUUUUCACCAUUGAUCAAUUAAUUAUCGUGUUCACGACCGCAAUUGUAAUCAAUCGAAAUUAUUAUAUUUUUAAAUGACAAAUCAUGUUUUAAUUAUUUUAUUUAAUAUCACAUAUAAAAAUCGAUGCAUGGAAUACGAGUGACAAUCUUUGUGAUAUUUUAACUUCUUCGAUGACUUUCAAAAGUCAAGAAAUGAUUGAUGCAUGAAAUUUUUCGUUGACCAAAAAAAUGUUCGUUUCAACCAAAACUCCUCGCGAGCACCGAAAUAUUAGCCUCAAUAAUGCCCUAGAAUAUCGUAAAAAUAAACUAAUUCAUUCGUUGCUCCUGUUGAUUACUGUUUUCUCAAUUCCAAAAUUCAUAUUUGAAGACAUUAUUAAAGCAACUAAAAAAUAUGUGCGAACAAAUAAACGAUAUCAGUUGUUUGAACAAGAUCAUCCGGUUCCGAUGAUUCAGUUGAUUCUCUCACACGAAAUUAUUUUUAUGAUUCAAUUGUGAGUGAACUGAAUCGCAUUACUCGUUCAACAAAAGAAUAUUUAUAUCCGACGAUUUUCCAUCGAAAAAAAUGAAUCAAGAUCGGAAAUAUUUUAUUUUAAGCGUUGUUUAAUUAAACGAAGAGUCUCGAUCAUGUUUUUCCCAGUAGGCAAAAGUUCCUUUUCCACUUUUGUUAUCUCUAAGCUCAAGUUUCUUUUUCAAAUGUGAUUUUUUAAUCAUGGAAAAACUAUUUUUACGAGAAUUUUACAUUCGUUAGUCGAAUAUUGUUGAUUCGGGGUCGGUGAAUAUUAUUGUUGUGAUGAAUUUUUAUCUGUGUUAUUACAGCUGCUUUAUUGAAACGUAACGAUACAUGCUCGCAACAUGAAUAAACGAAUAUACACGAAUAAACAAAUUGCUAUUUGUGUUAUCACAGAGUAACGUGGAGAAGGGGAGAAUAAGCGCAUUAUUGUUAUGUAAUUUAUAGAAACUUGUGUAACUAGUUCGAAGUGUGUCAAAAAUAAAAUAUAUUUUUCUCUAAA